AUGGGGACCCGGGCAAUAGGGGAUCAUGGGGCCCCUGUGUCCUUGCCCACACUCAAAAAAAGCCUAUAAAAGGUACCAGGGGCAUUUCAUGGGGCCCCAUACUGACCCUGGGCCCUCGGGCAUGAUUUCCCCUCGCAUUUGGCGAGCGAGCAAGCAGCUUUUUCAAGCCUUGUGCUAGACCAUCUAACAGGGGCGGACUGAUAACUCAUGGGGCCCCUGGGCAAUAGGGGAUCAUGGGGCCCCUGUGUCCUUGCCCAAACUACAAAAAGCCUAUGAAAAAGGUACCAGGGGUAUCUCAUGGGGCCCCCUACUGACCCCGGGCCCUUGGGCAGUGCCCGAGUUUCCAAAUGGUCAGUCCACCCCUGCC